AACAUUUCAGUGCACGUCCUACUUGUAAACCUCUACAGCAGGGCGAUUUUGCGCGUUCCCGCGACUCUCGCCAUAGAAAACAAAGCUGAACGUCUUCCAUAACAGCUAGGGGUGCAGACUUGAGGAAUAUCCGAAUUUAUUCUGGAUACAUCAUGCUGAAUAUGGAUUUACAGUGGGUGUAGCAUCGUUGGAGACCGAGCCUUCUCGGCUGGGGUGACGGCAGGACAUUAGCGAAACCGACGAAAAUAACAUCAGUGUGUUUUUUUCUCGGGGUGCUUUGUCUUGUCCACCUAACGAUAGCAAACCAUCAUUCCCAUUUCAAUUGCAAGAUAUUCAGCUAGUGAUCACUAGCUGCUGCCGGGAUGUAUCAUCAUGUUGUCACCUAAAAGUAACUGCUAGGACAUCGGAUUGUGAAGGAAAAGCAGAAAAACCUCGCCGAGGUCCCAACGGGUUGUCACCGGGACCUGAAUCUGUGUUAGCCACAGUCGCAGAACCCACUGUUUUCGGCGAUAUGGCGGAGCAGGGCUACUCAUCUUGGGCCUACUCCCUAGUUGACUCCAGCCAGGUGUCCACCUUCCUCAUCUCCAUCCUUCUCAUCGUCUAUGGCAGCUUCAGGUCAUUAAACAUGGAUUGUGAGAACCAGGAGAAGGAUAAAGAUGGUAACCCCUCAACAACGGGGUCUUUCAAUAACAGCAACACAAACAACAGUAUUCAGACUAUAGACUCCACACAGGCCCUGUUCCUGCCCAUAGGAGCCUCUGUGUCUCUGCUAGUCAUGUUCUUCUUCUUUGACUCGGUACAGGUGGUCUUCACCAUCUGCACUGCAGUUCUUGCAACAAUUGCAUUUGCAUUCCUCUUGUUGCCAAUGUGCCAGUAUCUGACCAGACCCUGCUCCCCACAGAACAAGAUUUCAUUUGGCUGCUGUGGGCGUUUCACUCUGGCCGAGCUCCUGUCCUUCUCCCUCUCGGUUAUGUUGGUGCUCAUCUGGGUGCUGACUGGACACUGGCUGCUCAUGGACGCUUUAGCCAUGGGUUUGUGUGUCGCCAUGAUAGCCUUCGUGCGGCUUCCCAGUCUGAAGGUGUCUUGCCUGCUGCUGUCAGGACUGCUCAUUUAUGAUGUGUUCUGGGUGUUCUUCUCAGCCUACAUCUUCAAUAGUAAUGUGAUGGUCAAAGUUGCCACCCAACCUGCUGAAAAUCCCAUAGAUGUUCUGUCCAGGAAGCUCCACUUGGGGCCAGGGAUGGGCCGUGAUGUCCCCCGCCUCUCACUACCUGGCAAACUGGUCUUUCCUAGUUCCACAGGAAGUCACUUCUCAAUGCUGGGAAUAGGAGACAUUGUGAUGCCGGGGCUGCUGCUAUGUUUCGUCUUGCGGUAUGACAACUAUAAGAAGCAAGCAAAUGGGGAAGUCCCAGGACCUGGUAACAUGUCCGGACGCAUGCAGCGCGUGUCCUAUUUCCACUGCACUCUCAUCGGAUACUUUGUGGGCCUGCUGACUGCCACUGUGGCCUCCAGGAUCCAUCGUGCUGCUCAGCCCGCUCUGCUUUACCUGGUGCCCUUCACCCUGCUGCCUCUGCUCACUAUGGCCUACCUGAAGGGGGAUUUGCGGCGCAUGUGGUCCGAGCCCUUCCAUGCCAAGACCAGCAGCUCUCGCUUCCUGGAGGUAUGAUGUACCCUGGGAUAAUCGACCAGCGCGGGGAGGACUGCGGAUCCUUUCCCUUAUUUAGAGGGAAGGAGAGAGGGUGCACUCACAGUGAGGCCAUGUUGUCAUCACUUGUUCAUGCUUUCCGCCAAUCUUCUGUGAAAACCCUCAGAAGGACACCAGUGUGUGGAUCACAACGCCCCAACACGACUCAUCUUUGGUCCCCACAUCCUCCCCCGUUUCAUCUCCGCUUCCUCUUUUUUUGUUUAUUUCCUCUUCAUUAUAGCACAUCCUGCCUGUGCUGUUUUUGUUCUGCCCCCCUCCCGCUCUCUUUUUUUUCCUUUUUCCCACUCUUCUAUACUGGUCUCAUUUGCCACUUCCCUCCCGUGGCCUGCUCCAUUCGACAGGCCUCUUCUCUCUCUCUCUCUCUUCGUUUUCCUUCUUUCUCUGCGUCUCUAAUUUCCUCUGCAUCUGCUCGUCACCGACUCAGAUGAACUCGAGGGCCAGACCUCCCCCGUUUUUGUGGACUUACAGUUGUGAGACAUGGCUGGGGUUUAUAUAUAUUUUUUUAGCAUUGUCGUGGUCAUUAUUAUUAUUAUUAAUAUUAUUAUUAUUAUGGAACGAUUUAAACAAACGUUGAAGAGGCGGAGUGCUGCAGUGGCCCAGGACAGUGCUCGGGAGCAGCGUCACAGUGAAGGAGAAGAGUCUUCCCCCUCCAUCCGUCUCCCUCUUUCCUCCCCGCUUUCUUCAUCUGUUCUCUUCAUCAUCCCUCAACGAUGGCUUCUCCCUGGCACUCCCACCCUCUGCCGACACUCCCUGCGAUGAGCCCUACCCUCCUCCUCUCUGUUCAUCUGCUGUCCCCAUUCCCCACCCUCACAGAUAACUAUGUAUUUUAUUUAGAAAAGUUUUAUUCUUGGCAUAUACAGAAAUGAUGCAUUAUAAAUUGUUAAGCUGUCCCCAGUGUUUGAGGGGCCGCUGCUAUUUGUAUAUAUGUGUACACAUGUAUUUGCGGUAUAUUGAGUUUGUAUUUGUGUUCGGGAGCAUGUUGUAUAGGGUGGGAAACUGACGCCAGCUAACAGCCCAAGUUUGGUGAAGUUUGGCUGCCGAGUCGACCGGUGGGCUUCCAUCACCCAGAGGUUGUUUUCUAAAGUUUGUUGGCUUGUGUGAUAGAAACAUAGCUGAUGGAUUUUUGGAAGAAAAAAAAACAAAAAAAAAAACAUCUUCAUCAGUGGCUGGUUAAUGAAAAAGUUAGUUUCCUGCUCUAGUGUUAGUGUGUGUGUGUGUGUGUGUGUGUGUGUGUGUGUGUGCGGGUGUGUGUGCGGGUGUGUGUGCGCGUGUGUGUGUGUGAAAAACAGAUGAGUGAAUGUUUGUUUUACUUGGUUUUAAUUUGAAAUCAUGAACUUGUUAAACAGUGACAAUAGUCAGGUUUCCAGUGAGCUGGGUGUGUUGGAUCGAACUGUCACAAACACAUGACGUGUCUAAUGGAAACAGUUUGUGUUUCAUCUUGUAAAAUUCACUGAAAAUUUAUGCUCAACAGGGGUCAAUUUUCUUUCUUUUUUUUUUUAUCAGUCUUUCUGCGGACAGGUGGAAAUGUAAACAGUGUUUUGUUUUUUCAAAUAAAUGAAUGUUGAAUUAAUUUUAAAGUAUGCUAUAUUUUCAUCAUGAAACCUCAACAUACAUCAAGCUGGGUUUUGUACUGAAUUUCUGUUGUGCACAUCCUGAAUUUACACAUCUUUACGGCCAUGAUAGCACUAAAAGCAUCUUAUGUCAGCUUUCUCAAGUCUCUGUCUGAGCACGAUUAUAUCAAAUCAGUUUCUAUAUACUUUGACAAAAGACAAGCACAUUUCAUCUGAACUUUGUAAAUGUCCGUGUUUCACCUCUGUCGAUGAAGACCUGACUAUUGUGAAAGUUUGGACUAGAAGCCUGGAGAUGAAGGUCAGUGGGAUAUGAAGACGCACUGUGGUUGGAUACAUGUGCAGUUACAGAUAAAAGGUUCUCUGGGUGGACAGUUAAGUGUCUCCGUGCGUGUGCAUAUAUGUGUGUGUAUGUAUGUGGGCCUGAUCAAAUAACAUCAAGUCUGGACCUAGGGAGGAGAGAAAAUCAGUUGUGCCCUUCAGAAAACAAAAAUGAAAAUUAGAAAUUAAAGCUAACCCUUAGGAUGUUUUUGCUUUCACCAUCUGGUACCCAACAGUCUUAGAUCUUUUUUUUUUUUUUUUUGUCUUUCCACUGUUUUGUGGUGCUUGUCAGUUAAUAUCUAAUGUAUACUGGAAAAAGUGCGAGUGAGCGCACGGCAGAGAUGUACGGACAACGCAGUUUGCUGGCUUUUUGUUUUUUUACUUUUUUAUGCUAUCUGGCCGUGCAUGUGAAGUGUACAGUGUAUCAUUUCUCAAGACUGCAUUAAGAGGGCUACUGCAGUUUUGAGUCUGCUGGCCGACAACGAGGCACUGGACCUAUGGGCUUGCAUCAGUGGGUGGGACAAAGGCUGCAAGUCAGAAAGACUGCAAUUGGUCAGCUCUGACCUCCUCCAGCUGAUCCACAGAGACUGAAUAUUAUGACCUGAAUGCUGUCAGGUCGGGCGUCCGGCCUGCCGCUCAAUGCAGUUGUCUGCCUGGACAUAAUGGAACCACAAACCCCCAUCACCUCUUCAUGGACAUGGAAAGAAAAUAUAUAGAUUUAUAUACAUAUAUAUAUAUGUAUAUAUAGAUAUAUAUAUACAUAUAUAUGUGUGUGUAUAUAUACAUAUAUAAAUGACUGAUGACGAUCAUGGUGAUGACAAAAAAAAAGUUUCUUUUUUUAUAGAAAAUUGAUUUUUCUUUUUACCCCGUUGUUUGUAAGAUUUUUUUCUUUAGUGCUUUAGUUUUUUUUUUAUUUGACUUUCCACCUCUUCUCCCCUCCAGCAGAGGACUCCAGCUCUGUUGGUGCAUUGAUAUUACGGCUGAAUGGAUUCUGUAUAGAAAAAUGGUGAAUAAAAUAAAUUAAGAACUGUGUAGUGAAACAUGAAUCCUGAAGUGCUUGAUCUAAAACACUUUGUCUCCUUUUAACCCCUCCCUCUGCCCUUGCCCCUUCUUUCCCUCCUUGUUCAGGAUUCUGCUGUAAAUAAACAUGACUCUAACUGUAA